AUGGAUCAUUUCUUUGCCAGAGGCCAUAAAUCACUGGUUCCUACCAAGCGCAAGGCUAUGGCCAACAGUGAUGAAGAGUUCUUCCUUGACGCCGCUCAACAAUCAUCACAACCUCCACACAAGAAGACCACCGCUACAUCCGCUCGUAAGCCUCAUCAGCCAAAUGCUCCCAAAACUCGAAAACCCGUAACCAAGACUAAGGAGCUACCUUCUCUCGAAAAUGCAACCCUGAGCAAACCAGAAGCUUGGGGUCAGCCUGAGGUAUGGGCUCAAAAGCGUCAGCAACUUUGUUCCUCACUUCCUUAUCAUAGAGGAUACGAAUCCGCUGCAUAUAGGACUAAUGGCAUAAUUACUGGCUUCCUGGCAAACCAAGGAAUUGGUCCACGUGAUGUUUUCACAGAAGAUAUCUACAUCACUGGAGUCGGCGGUGGCAAGGAAAAAGGUGAAGGUGGUGAAACCAAGCAAGUCAAGGACCAAAAUGUCAGCUCGAUUGCCAUUUCCUUCCAGCGUACCAUGGAGGCCAAGCUACCAGUUGCAAUAAUUGCUGGUCAGCGUAAUCCUAUCUGUCCCGUCAAGCUUACUCACCAUUUUAAUGUACUUGACUUUUUUCAUAUCACUGAUGUUUGGUAUGUAUUUGGUGUUGAGGAACGAUGCAAGCAAGUAAUUGUUUGUCCAAAAUGUCACGGAUGUAUCCGUCGUCUGGAAUGGCGUCAAUGGACUUGCGAGACUGCCGGUUGUGAUUUCACCCACACCAUCACACAAAUCCCUGUUCCCCUCUCCAAAGUCCUCUUAGCUACUGAUUUUAUCGCUGACAAGAGUCCAUUGGACUUUGCUCAUGAAUCGGUUGGCGUUAAUCAAAAGCCUAUUGCACACUAUGAUGUUUAUGGGCUCAAGAUUCCUGGCGAAACAAUUCCGGCUGGCUGGAUUCAGAUUUUCCGUUCUAAUGGCCUUGUCAAUUCCCAACCCGGUGGACCAAAUGAUCUCUAUCUGGGGAUGCAGAAGGAUGAGUAUAAGCUUCGCAGAGGCCCUGCUCGACACCCUGGUCCAGUUCCAAUGGAGAUUGUGACAGCACAUUUUACAUCCAAUUGUGGUGCUCCAUACAAGUGUUUGAUUGCACAUGAAGCCAAUUCCUUUGAGGAUGCACCAGCACCUAUCCUUAAGGCCAUGCAAAGAAUGACAUGGGCUGGAAAACAAGCAUUUGUAGGAAAGGAUAAUGCCGAAUUCACUCCUUUUAAUGAAAUCUUGUGUCUUGGAUAUUUCGAAAAUAUGCACAUUGGUUAUCACGAUGAUGGAGAAGACACACUUGGUGAGACUGUUGCUACCUUAUCAUUAGGAGCUUCCUCAACUAUGUGUUUUCGACCAAAGAACAAGAGCACAAUUGGUGGUAUUCUCAAAGCAAACAAGGGCUCCAAAGCUUCCAAGAAAGAUUACGUCAAAGUCACUUUAAACCAUGGCGAUAUUAUUAUUAUACAUGGAUCUGGUAUUCACAAGUACUACGAAGUAAACUCCAUUCAAAAUCACACAACAUAUGAUAUUAACCAAUCUUCCAAGCACGCCGUCACACCUUAUAGACUCCUAAGAUUUGCACUUACUUGCCGAUACGUCAAGCCUGAGCUACCGAGUCCCGAAGACCGUAUUCUAUGUGCACAAAAAAGUGCUCUUCCCGCCAAUUUUGCCGAUCAUGCUUAUGACGGCGAUAUUGAUGUAAAAGAGACGGCAAACCGUCUAAUCACAGAAGACGACGACGAAUUCACCAAGCUCAAAAAAUGGAUCAUCGCUAAGAAAUUAGCUGGUGAACUUAACACGGCCGAAUGUGCAGAAUUACGGGAGAUUCUUCUUCGCAAAUAA